AUGGCACAAUCAAGCUCAUCAGCUUCACCUCAGCCUCCCGCCAGUCGUAACGGCGGUGGCGUCCAAUUAUCAGCAACGGAAUACCAACAACAGCAGCAACACCGAUUACAAGCUCUCCAGCAACCAAAGGAAUCCCCUCAACCUACACCGUCAUCUGCUGUUUCUGCUGAUGGUAUAAAUUUUCAACCGUCGGGAACCCCGGGCGAUGAUGGUGAUGCUGGAGACCCGAAACGACGGAGGAUAGCGAGGGCGUGCGACCAGUGCCGGAAGAAGAAGAUCAAAUGUGACGGAAAGACACCCGCCUGCACACAUUGUCAGAACUACCAUACGGAAUGCGUCUUCACCCUGGUGGAAAAGAAGCGCCAGCCGCCGAAAGGCGCCAAAUACAUCGAAGGCCUCGAAAACCGUCUCGGUCGUAUGGAAUCCCUCCUAAAGUUAUCCGGUAUCCUCCCCGAAUUCGACUCCAAAACCGACUUGGGAACUCUCGAAAAACGUCUGGAAGCCCAGAGGCUACAAUCCAUCGGGGCGAAUUCGCCUGGUAAUCCGUUAUUCUCGCGGCCCGUAUCUUCGAAUGGAACACCGAAUUCUGGUGGGAUAAUCGCGGGGUCGAGUCCCAGUGAUAUCAGUAGGGAGGAGGAAGAGUCAGAAUCGCUGUCGGAUAAGAUGUCGAGCUUGGUGACGAAUGCGAGGGGGGAGACUAGGUUUAUCGGCAGCAGUUCUGGAUUUUCGAUAUUUUCGCCAAAGGGGAUUCAGUGGGUUAAUUCGAAAACCGGAGAUCGGGCUUUUCAGAAAAUGUUGGUCAAGUUGAUGCAGGCGGAUCAUAAGUUUGAACAUUGGAGGCCGGAUGUUUGGGAUGCGGUUUUUUCGACGAAAUGUCAGAACUCGCUGCCGUCGAAGGCGGAGGCGGAGAGUUAUGCGCAGGAAUAUUUUAGUACGGUGAACCUGCUAUUUCCGUUAUAUCACCAAGCAAGCUUUGAGAGUCUGCUGGAGGAGCAAUACUCGGAUAACCCGCCAAAGGGGACAGGGUGGUACGCUUCUUUGAAUAUGGUUUUGGCGGUGGGGAGCCGGAUACGUGGGUCGAAACUGAAGACACCGUCUGCCGCCGAAGAUUCAAGGGGUUGGAAGUUAUUCCAGAAUGCGAUGUGCAUGUAUCCGGUCCUUACCCUGCAGAAUACCGAUAUCCAUUCAAUACAAGCUCUGUUAGCAAUGGCUCUAUUCUUACAAGGAACGGCCAAUCCGCAACCUUUGUACAACAUUAUAUCUGCAGCAGUCCGAGUCGCAUUUUCAGUUGGUCUUCAUCGACGAGCUGAUGCUUUUGGGUUUGGAAGGGAAGAGGCUGAACAUCGUAAGAGAGUGUUCUGGAUUGCAUACUGCAUCGACAAGGAUAUCGCUCUUAGAAGCGGUCGACCCAGCACCAUCAACGACGAAGACAUCAACGUCGAACUGCCCGAAGAAGAAUCCUUCGACGGACUCGGCAUGGUCAGACUCUCCGAUGGCCAAGGAAAAGUCAACCUCUUCCGCCGUAAUUGUCGCUUCGCCCAGAUCCAAAGCAGAGUUUAUAUGCAACUGUACUCCGCCAAAGCCGCCAAACAAAGCGAUGGCGAGCUAUUAAACACCAUCGGAGACCUCGACCGCGAACUCGAAGAGUGGAGGGAUUCCAUACCGUUAGAUUUCCGACCUGAACAUGAGAUCUCGGAAGCAUAUUUGGACAGUACGAUGCCAAUCGUGCUGAUGCACUUUUCGUAUUUCAAUUGCUUGGCUACCAUUCAUCGGAUGUCUAUCGCGCAUAGCUAUUGGACGAACCGGUUGGCGCAAUAUGCGGUCUCCGGAUUGAGUACUCGACCGCUGAACCCGAGGGUUUUCUCGAGUGCGGCGCUGUCGGUGUCUGCUGCGAGAUCGUCGAUACAUCUGUUAAAAUACGUUAAUCAUAAUGAUAUAAAUUGUAUCUGGCUGGUGUUUUAUUACCCUGUCACGGCGUUGAUUACAUUAUUUGCGAAUAUUCUGCAAAACCCACAGGAUGCGAAUGCGAAGACGGAUUUGAAACUUAUGGGCGUUGUGAUUGAUUUUCUUAAUAAGAUCGAUGAAGAGGAGAGGGCGAGGUGUGGGUUUGAGAAACUGAUAUACAUCACCGAGGAGUUUGUGCGUCUUGCCGCCGCCGCGAUUGAGCGAGCGGAGAAGCAGGCGCUGAUGAGGAGGAAACGAAAGAAGUUGGGCGGAAGUAAGAUGAAGGAAACGGUAGAAGAGAAGCCACUGUUAGAGGUCCCCGGCGAGGAUGAGCAUAUGAACUGGUCUCCUUCCAAAGCCUCGGAGCAACUUUUCGCCACUAUUCCGCAACGCCCUUCGGAGCCUAGUAGUAUUCUACAAACGCCCAUCGAAACUCCCUUUGACCAACAGACACCAACGGAUGCCAUGUCCGGCAUAGACGGAUUCACAUUCGGAUACAAUACUCCCGGCCGGACCCCACAGAUGUGCGAUGAGAACGAGUUAAGUCCCCUAACCAAAAGCUUUCAGGAAAGCUUUUCGAGUCCGUUUGUACCGCAGGGUUUGUGGAAUCUGAACCAGACUUUUGAAUGGGAUUGGGCGAAUUUUGGUAUGAUGAAUACCAAUGGGAGUAAUAGCGGGGGUCUUGGGUUAGGGGAAGAUUCGAAUGGGAGUACGAUGAACUGGGAUGGGAUGGGAUUCUUCUAG